AUGCAAGAUUUUAUGAAAGAAUAUGAAAACAACUUAAAACACAUAAAAACUAAUCAGGAAUCAAUUGCAAUAGCUAUUAAUAGAUACUCUAAACAAAAAACGGACAUAGAAACGAAUUACUUGACAGAAAGCAUCUUUAAUGAAAUAGAGAUAUCGUGUCAACAGCUAUACGAUAGAUUGGAAACCCUGGAAAACGCGCCAACGUUUUCUCACCUUAGUAAAAUGCAUCCCAGUAUAGUAGACCCUAUAUUCUUAAUAGAAGAAUUAAACAUUAUCCAAAACGAAAUAAAUGGAAAACUACCCUUCGACCCUAAUUUAAACUCUAUUCACUUUUGGGAAAAAGCAAUUAUAGUUAAAGCCUUCAGCACUAAUGGGACUUUAACCUUUAUACUAGUCAUUCCAAUAGUUGCAGAACAAUCAUAUAAUUUACUCCACCUUUAUUCGAUUCCUAACAAUAAUGACACCAUUCUUAUACCAAAAAACCCUAUCCUAAUCUUGGGAAAUGAUGAGUUUGCAUAUCCUCACGAGCCAUGCACCGAUAUAGCGAAAGACAACGUUAUAUGCAAGCACCUGGAAUGGCAGACAAUACUACAUUCGACCGAUUGCAUCGCACAACUAAUACAGCAUCAGGAACCACAUAACUGCACGUAUACAACUGCAAGUUACGACAACAACAUAGUGCAACAAAUUAAAGAAAACAGUUGGAUUGUAAUAAUGAAACAGGAAGAAGUCGUAAAAACUAUAUGCAACAACGAUGUGCAAUACCAACGCAACAAAGGAGUCUUCCUAAUUACCAUAGAUAAUAAUUGCAAGGUGCAAAUCCGAGACAGAGUAUUAAUGACCCACAAACGGUACAUUCAUCAAAGGGAAACCAUACCAUUACCUAGGUCCAACCAUAAUAGAAAAAUUUCACCAACAAAAAUUGAAUUGGAAAACGUAAACCUGGACACUCUAAAAGACGUCCUGAAACAAGCAAAGGAGAUUCAAGUACCAGAUGAAGACCUAAACCUCAUUUCAACCACACCCAGUUGGCCAUCAGUACUUCUCUACAUCAUCAUCCUAGCAGCAGCUGGAACAGCGGCAUACAAAUUCUGGUGGAAACCAAGGUCGGCGCAAACCUCAGCACAGCAGCCUGAACCUGAAGAAAUCCAGCUCCAGCAGCAGCCUUCGGCACGCCUCCAUCUUAAGGGGGGAGGAGUUAUGUCCUUGUAA